UUACUCUCCCUCAGUCGAACACUCUCUUUUAGUAGCAGGCAUGACAGCGCGGGCAGUGAGAAAGGGCUGGAAAAAGCUACGCUAUCUUCUUAACAUUUUUGCAAGGGAUUAAUUUCACCUGCCUUUCCUGUUCUCCUAGCAGGCUCUGUUUCCCCCUUUGUAAAUUCAGCUGGGAAAGGACUUCAAGUCCCAAGAUCGAGAGAAGUUUGUAAAGGCCUUUCCUUUCCUCCCCUCCUCCCGCUAAUUUUGACAAGUCACAAAAUCGUGAAGUUAGCAAAAAAGCGGGUUGGGAGACCGGGGGAAUGCUUUCAUUCUUCAGAUGCAAUGAACUGAGGCAAAACCGGCCAUUGUAAUGGUAAACUGCUCACAGAAGAGAAGAAAGGGCUGACAAUCAAUCAAAAAAAUGAAGCGCUGGUGUGCAUUUGGGGAGUAGCAUUUAAAUGUCUUAUUUCUUUUUCUUUUCUUGCAUGGGCCUCUUUUUAUAUGGGGGCGGGGAAAACCACCGACUAGAAAUGUGAAGGAAAAGAAUCAUGAAGUAAAGGGAAAGGUCUUUCCCAGGAUAAAUGUUUGUCCAGGAAGAAAUGCUUCGCGUUGAAAACAGCAUCAAAACGUUGGGAGUUCUGAUCUUGAAAUGAGAUGCCGGAAGGUUAGUUGGAAGCGUUUUCAGCCCUGCACUGUGGACUUGCGGCCAGAAGGAAAAGAUGUUCCCUUGGCAGUCCUAACAGCCUUACGACCCUGCAGACGCCGAGACGAUUCAUCAUGGACGCGCGGGCUUUUAAUCUUCGUCACCUCCCGUGUCCCCAGACUUUCCCAGUUGCUGCUUCUGCUUUCAGUGGGUGCUUGAAAAGAUAAACGAUGAGGAUGUUGGAUAAUCUAAACAGGGGCAUUAUUUCUUCUUCAGAAGGUAACCUAGCCCACAAAGGAAGAUACAUUUAUUUGGAGGCUUUGCUACAAGGAGGCGCUCCAUGGGGAUUUACUUUGAAAGGCGGAUUGGAACACGGGGAGCCAUUAAUCAUCUCCAAGAUUGAAGAAGGAGGGAAAGCAGAUUUAUUGAACUCUAAGCUGCAGCCUGGAGAUGAAGUAGUGACCAUCAAUGAGGUGGGGCUAAGGAGGUCCAGGCAGAAAGCCAUCUCCUUAGUGAAAGGCUCAUGCAAGACAUUGAAACUGGUUGUCCGCAGGGAUACGUUUGCAGCGAAAGGACAUACUGACAUUACACGUUCUCGUUCCCUCAGCUCAGAGCGUCUCAAGUCUGACUUCCAAUACAGCAAAACAGCAUGGUCAGGUGGAGUUAACCUACAACUAAAGAACAGACGAAGCGACCCUGUAGGCCGACCACACUCCUGGCAUUCAGCCAAGUUCACAGAGAACCAACCCGAUCUCAGUAUGAUGCAAAUAUCUCAGGGCAUGAUCGGCACUCCUUGGCAUCACGCCUACCAUUCCAGUUCCUCCACAAGUGAUCUCUCCAGCUAUGAACAUGGCUAUUUAAGAAGAAGCCCUGACCAAUACAGCUCAAGGGGGAGCAUGGAGAGUCUGGACCAAACCCCUGCAGGGUACUCCCAUCACCCCUGCCAUCUUUCACCAGCCAAAUCCACCAAUAGUAUCGACCAGCUUGCCCAUCUCCACAGCAAGAGGGAUUCUGCAUACAGCUCUUUCUCAACAAGCUCCAGCAUUCCUGAAUAUCCGGCACCUACCUUCUCCAAGGAGAGGUCUUAUUCCAUGGAGAAUGUACAUUCUCGGGGCAGACCACAGGAAGGGGGAAUGAGACAAGCAGACAUCAGAUACAUUAAAACUGUCUACAAUGCCCAGCGAGGAGUUUCAGAGGAAUAUGAAGUGAAGUCCCCUGCUGUUUUGCCAAGCUGUGAGUCCCAAGCUAAAGGUUACAGCUCCAGCAGGUUACAUGGCUACAACAAAGGCCUACAAGCCCGGAGUUCGUCUGACAGCGAGAGCCAGUCCGUGAAGGGACCUCCCAUGCCACCAACCCGUAGUGACAGCUACACAGCAAUAAGGCACCAUGAGAGGCCUACCUCCUGGUCUAGCCUUGAACACAGGAAGUCAUGUAGGACUCAGCCCAAAAGUGCUUGGCCUCAUCUGGGCCAAGGCACUCCUCUCCCAGGGCAGCUGCAGAAACCUGCAUUCCUAGAAGGGCAGCUCAACACUGUGAUGGAGAAGAGCCCAGAGAGCAGCCCCACCAUGAAGCCCAAACAGGUUUACUCACAAGCAGCUCAGCCAGGGCAGCCUUUGCUUCCCACUGGUGUUUACCCUGUACCCUCUCCUGAGCCACACUUUGCCCAGGUUCCUCACGCUUCCGCAAGCAGUAGUGGGAUGCUUUAUCCAGCACUUGCCAAAGAGAGUGGGUACACACCAUCCUCUGCAUCUUCUCCAUCCUCAUAUGAAAAUGUUGCAGCCUGCAGACAACAUUCUGGUUUGGAUGAGAAUGGAAACCAAAGCCUGCCUAACAAGGCUGCCAUCUUUUACCAGCCUGAGUACAUGUCAUCAACGGCAGGGAAAAAGCAGGAAGCAGGAGAUGCAGCUGCAAAUUUUGUCUUGUACAGAACUCAUCUGCAAGCCUACCCGACAUCUCCAAGGCAGGAUGAGUUGGGCCCCCUGUAUAUGGCAACACCUUUAAUCCAGGAAAGUGGAAGCAAUGCACAGCCCUCGAACCACAGCUCUCAGACACGCCUGUCUCGCCUGAGGGAUGUGAGUGACAACAAAGCCCACUGCCACUCAAAGGGAUACGGGGCAGGAGAGCAGAAGGAAGAUAAGAACGAGAACCUGCAGAGAGAUUGCACAGCUCAAAGCCAGUGGAGCUCCAGUAAAGCCAAGCAGUAUGCCUUUUCCUCCUUGCAAAACAUCCCAGAGAGCACAAAGCUGCAAAACAGCUCAGAUCUGAAGGAACUACCACAUGGUAAGAGCUUCUCUGGUGCCAAAUGGCAUUUUGUGAAUUACGGCAGCCAAGCAGAGAAGGAUUGUCACGGGCAGAUGCCUGAGCCCUGGCAGGACGGUGAAUGGCAAGCCUUGGAAGGAUAUCCAGAUGCUGUUGCCAGCACAGAGGACAUCCAUGCCAUGGAGCCAAAGUGCAAGGAACCGUCUUCUCCAUUGGGCCCAAAGACAUCAGAUUUCAACAUUCGCCAUCUCAGUUCUAGCAGCACCCAAAGCUUCCAGAACUCUCAGCAUGGGAAACUGGAAUCCAGGAAGGCCCGAUGUUCUGUCCUGGAGAAGGUCAGCAAGAUAGAGCAACGUGAACAAGGCAGCCAGUGGCUGCAGAGUUUGGGUGCAAACAGUUUUGGCCAGAACUAUGGCUCGAGCAAGCCCAGCCUUAACAGUGUUGAGGACAUCCGAAAUAGGCGUAACUCUCAAGAGCAUCUCCAAUUGCAAGGUGAUCAUAGCCGGCUGACCAGCACACGAAACUCAGACCCAACCACAUAUAUGCAACGUUCAAGUGAGAGUGGGACUGGCAAACCAGAGAGGGCUAACUGGCACCCUGCGGAACAGCAGAUAGAAGCAUUAACUGCUUCAGUAGUGAUCCCAGCACGGCAGAGCGUUUAUCAUCAUGCUGGGCCUUCUGAGAAUGAGUCACUGAAACAGGCUGGUCAGAUGCACCAGAGCAGAAGUGCUUUCCAGUUGUCAGAGGAGCGUGAGAGGGAAAUCUCAUGGAAGGCUAAUGCCCAGGACUUGAAUGGCGUCUCACAGCUGGACAUCCCCUUUAACAGGGCUUACAGGAACAGCAUUAAAUAUGCCCAGUCAAGGGUUUUGAGGGCCACCUCAUUCAGCCGUAAGGACCUCAACAUUAGCCCUCAAUUUGGAAAGGAGCCCAAAAGGAGUGUACAAAGGCCAGCAUCGGCGCAUGUUGGGAUGAGGAACACAGCAGCAUCUCCACAUACCCCAAAGGAGAGACAUAGCAUUACGCCGACAGAGACCAAGCUGGAUUAUAGCAACAAAGAGACUCUCCCUGGCCCUCUGCACAUAGCUCGUAUUGGGGGUAGGAGGCGUCUGAACCCCGAUCAGAAAAAGAGAUCUUACUCUGAGCCAGAGAAGAUGAAUGAAGUGGGUGUGUCCGACAGUGAGCUCUCACCCUUCUCCAUCCAGAAGAAAGUCCUCCAGUUUGUUUUUCCAGAGAACUCGGUGGCUGACCGGCGCAAGAUCUUUGAGAGGGAGAACAAGACGUGCUCCACCAUCAAUCUGUCCAAGCCAGAGUUGAAGCAGCUGCAGCAAAAUGCACUGGCAGAUUACAUUGAACGCAAAACUGGGAAGCGCCCUUCUUCUGCAUCCCAGGACACCAGCCUCCUGCGUGAGGGCUCUCAGACCCCGUACCUGCAAACCAGUGGCCAGGAUGGCCAAUCUCUCUCACCAGCUUCCAGCAUGAAUUCUCUUCAGGACCAGAGUCUUUACCAUCGUAGGGAGUCCCUAGAGCGGGUCUGUAGAACAGGGCGUGGCUUCGCCACUCUUCCUCCUGGGCUUACAGGCUGCUUCGAUCUCAGCAGACCUGAGAGCAAGAAGGUGACCAGCCCAAAUAAUGGCAGCAGCAUCUCCUUUCCCAAUUGGCUGAAAGCAGAUCGGCAUCAGGAUCACAGAGCUGAUCCAGAGCUCACUAAAAGCACUCAAACGGAACUUGACAUAUGCAACAGGCUAUGCCGUGAUAACCAAGCCCUGAGGAAGGAAUCAGCACCCACCAAGAAGCCUGGGAAGUCAGCAUCCGCAGAGGACUUGCUGGACCGAUCAGAAAACCAGGCAGUCACCGUGCACGUUCGAUCCAGGUCAUCUCCCACAACAAAUAAGUGCCAGGACAUGCUGAUGGGAGACAGUGCUGAGUUCAGUCGUUUUGUGAAAGCUCCUUUCUACACGGAGGGUGCUAGCACCAGAUCAUUUGGAAGCAAAGAAAGAAAUCGGGUGGAGAAAUCGGCAUUCACACACUACCACCCCCACACUCGCCACAGCAGUGAGGGUGUCACUAGAUCAUUCAUACUAGAGAGACAGAAAGCUCCAGAUCUUCUUAGGCAUCUCAACAGAACAUCAGCAUUUGCCUCACCUUCAGCAGAUAUGAAGGGUCACCUUUCUGAAUCUAAGCAAGGCACCAAGUAUGUCACUCCUUCCAGAUUUGGCUGGUUUUCAUCUAAUGGUGCUAACUCCACACCAGCUUCCUCAGAUCUUCAGGUGGCUGGAGAAGUCCUCACAACAAGAUGGCAGCCCAGACCUGACAAGGAUGACAACCGUACAGUUCAGGCCCAAGUUCUGGAAAGUUCCGACUGUCUACCUAAGGAGCCAACAGAAGAAGCAACUUGGAGAUGGAAGGCGACACUGCCUCUGAGGCACCUCCCACCUAAAAUUAAAUGGGUCAAAGAUGAUGGCCUGUCCAAAAGCUCCAUGCCCUUUGAGACAUCUGGGCAAAAGGCCUUCCAAAGAUGGCAAAGCCUUCCGUCUCAAAGCAGCUCCUCUUCUGAGCCAGAGGCUCCUUCUGAUCAAGGCAGACUCUCGCUCCGCAUCUCAGAGUCCUGCCUGCAGAUGUCUCCUCCGCUGUUCCCCCGGGAAGAGGGCGAUGAUGAUGUUUUCUUCCAGCCUUGUGCUGUAGAUGCUUCAUCUGAGCAUUCUCCCUCUCCAUUGCCCCCUCCCCCUCCACUCCCUACACUGAGCCCCAGUGCUGUUGCAGACACCAUGGAAGAACUCCCACCUCCUCCUGCCGGUACACUGGAAGCUGAAGAGCCAGCAGGAGGGAAUUCUACUAGCCUUGGAGAGGAGGGGUCUUCAACCAGAAAUUUUAAAAGGUUUUCCGGGAACUUGAGCAAGAGGGAGAAAACAGGACCAAACACUGCCACCACCAAGAGAAGCUGGGCUGCUUCACCUCCACCUGUUUUCACCUCAGGAUCCCAAGCGUAUUAUGGCGCACCUUCCUUGGAAGCACAGCAGCAGCCUCUGGCCGUUCAAGAGCCGUCUGACGUCACAAGUAGGGAAUCUGAAAAUGGACUCAGCCCCGAGAAUUACACGGGGAAGAUGAAGACUCCAGAGGAAAUCAAGGAUGAGGCUUUAGCAAAGGAGAUCAUCCACAAGGAUAAGUCACUAGCCGACAUCCUGGAUCCCGAUUCCAAGAUGAAGACCACCAUGGACUUGAUGGAAGGGAUAUUUCCCAGUGGGGCCAGAAUGCUUAAAGAGAAUUCAAAGAGGAAAAUGAUGCAGAAAAGGACCAACAGUUCUGCCAGUAGUUCUGCUCUGCACAAUGAUAGCAAGAAAGACGAGAAGGAAGCUCAUGCCACAGUGUUGGUCUCGUGCUCAACUUACUACAAUGUGUCAGUACCCAAAGCCGAACUCCUGAACAAAAUUAAGGAUUUGCCUGAAGAAGCAGGUGGGGAUGAAGAACAGGUGGACGUCAAUGAGAAGAAGGCUGAACUUAUUGAGAGCUUGUCCCAGAAGCUGGAGACUCUAAAAGAAGCCAAGGAGAGCCUUCUGGCAGACAUCAAGCUCAACAAUGCCUUGGGAGAGGAAGUAGAAGCUUUAAUCAGUGGUCUCUGCAAGCCCAAUGAGUUCGAAAAAUACAAGAUGUUCAUUGGAGACCUGGAUAAGGUGGUCAACCUCUUGCUUUCACUCUCAGGACGCCUGGCUCGGGUGGAGAAUGCUCUCAGCAGCCUCAGUGAAGAUGCUGAUAAUCAAGAACGGAGCUCUCUGAACGAGAAGCGGAAGAUGCUGGCUGGCCAGCACGAAGACGCCCGUGAGCUGAAGGAGAACCUGGACCGCCGAGAGCGUGUGGUCUUGGACAUUCUGUGCAGUUACCUCUCUGAGGAGCAGCUUCAGGACUACCAGCAUUUUGUGAAGAUGAAAUCUGCGCUGCUUAUAGAACAGCGGGAGCUGGAUGACAAGAUCAAACUAGGGCAGGAACAACUCAAGUGCCUUUUGGAGAGCCUCCCCAUGGACUUUGCCCUUCGGAGCAAAAAGGGAGCAGAGCUUUCAGCAUCCGCCGGGACCAGCAGUAAUACCAGACCUCAGGCACCACCAGCAUCUUUGCUCUGACCUUUCCAGACAGGGUUGCAUCAAAACCUUUCUUCUUGAAUUUAUUUAAUCAGAGACCGCUUUUAACUUUUUAAAUUGAUGAUGGGUUUAAUUAUUAUUUUUAAUUAACAUAGGGGGGGAAAUAAACAGCAUGGAAAGCUUUCUUUUUCUCCCUGAGAUCACAACAUAAGUCUGUCUGGAUCGUAUGAGAAGGAACUGGAUUCUUGCGGCUAAACAAGAUGCAGAAGAGACCAGCAACGUGUUCUGUGAGGAAGGUCAGCUCAUUGUAGAUAAAUGCAAGCUAUCCCUGCUAAAGGAGUCUCAGGCCCCUCUGAGCACCGACGGUCGUUAAAUAAUGAAGGAUAUACAAUAAUGAAGCCUUAAUUAAAAUAUUAAUGAGAGACCUUUCUUGAACAAUAUCCAUAUUUAUAUUUUUUAAACCUACAAGAUAGAAUUCUGUAAAGAUUUUGUACAUACUCUAACCAGUUACAUGAUUCUACUUCAACAUGUACGUGGGGUGUGUGUGAUUUUUUUUUAAUGUACUUGACAGAAGAAAUCAAAAGAGGAACACCCCACAGCCAGGAAACGUAGUCACACACCAUAUCUAAAUAAAGGACUAGCAGAAAAAGCUUCAGGCCCUGAUCCAAGGAUGCUUGCAUGCACAAAAUUGUCACAUGCAACUAGUAUUUGGUGUAUAUCAGCCCAGACGUUGGAUGUGAAUACAGGUUGGCAUCUGCAGCAGGAGGAAGGUGGAAAUUGCACACUCAUUUUUUUCUGGGCAGGAUUCCUUGUCACAGUACUAUGAUGUGCACAUCCAUUGGAUUUGCUUCCCUUCCUUUGCAGGUCACUUGGUGUUCUCAGGUGCAGCGACAUCCAGUGCAGACCAAUGCACACAGAGGGCAAAUCUCUGCCCCUUUUCCCUCCCCUGCAUGGCAGGAUCCAGUGCAGGUCUGUGAGCAAGGUUCCACGCUCAGAAUGCCUCCACCAUCACUCAGUCACUGGAUUGGAGCAUUUAUCUCUCUCAGUGCCCAGUGAAUGCUGCCAGUAAGUGACCUUUCCAAGAAAGCUUUGCACAGCAAAAUCCUGUCUUCCAGAUCUGCGAUGUGACACAACUACCAUUAGAACAAGCACUUGCAUGAAGCAAACGACUCAGGAGUCAAUGUGCAACUGAAGCAAAGAGAUAUUCCCCCUUGACUCUCUUAGGCUCCAUGAUAAUUUAAAAACAAUAAAAACAGAAAGCAUGGAACUGCAUGCAGCCUGCAAA